GUUAUUUGUAUUACGGGAGAGAGAGAGAGAGAGGGAGAGUGGGGAGGACAUAUUUAACAACACGAAAUGCUAAACAGAAGCGUCAAGCAUCACACAAGAAUUUGAUACUAGUUUCUGAACGGACUUCUAGCUUGUGAAUGUUAUGAUCCAGUGCUUUGUACCAAACACCAUCGUCGACAAACUGUGAAAUUUUUUACACACUGAAAACGACGAAAACCCAAAAUGGCGAAAACCUGGUUUCUUGCGGUUUUGCAUUCACUGGCAUGCAUGCUCGUGCACAGUUCAGUCCAAGUGGAUAAUGCCAUCUCGUACUUCGAACCAGGCGUGACGGCAAGCAGUUACUCAACGAAAUUCCUGGAUUUUAUGUGCAGUAACAUGGCAGACGGGACAUUUCUGCCUCUGCCGUGGGACUGCAAUGGCUUUAUUCGGUGUGUCUUCAACAAAGCGAACUGGACACCUUGUCCACACGGAUUGGUGCUGUCUCUGGUACACAAUGUGUGCACCCACAAGUAUGACCGUAACGUCUGCGAGACCAAUUCAAAAGCGACCUGGCAGAAGUUCUGUAGCAUGUUUCCCGGUCAUUUCUUCCCGGACCUGAAGAACUGCGCUCGCUACUACGACUGCUCCCGUGUGUCCGACAUGCGACAGCUCGAGUGCAUCUACCCCAACCUCUUCAACGACAAGACGAUGAAGUGCGACGACUACCGCCUCGUCAGCUGUGACGGACGACCGGCGCCGGUUUCUCCCUGUGAGUACAUCCAGCACCACGUGUGUGAUAACAACCUGUGUCUGCCGUGUGAGGAACGCUGCCCGAGUUGCCGGGGAUUGCCCGAUGGCUUGAACCCCAUACCAAAGAGGGGAGACUACCGCUGGUAUCUCAACUGUGACAAAUGGAGAACUGUCCAAGUCUUGAAAUGUCGAGAAAAUGAAGUAUUUUCAGUUUCAUGCAGACAAUGUAUUAAUCCUCAGACACAAAAGCGUACAAGUUGCCCCCCUAGUGCUGGAGCAAUACCUCAAAAUUCAGGCAAAUUUCAGGCAAAAUCCUGGCAAAAAUGAUAGAGAUAUUUGGGCAAAAUAUGCUAACCAGAGACCUUUUUACCAUUUAUUUCCAUUAUUCUAUCCGCAAAAUUAGUUGUAAUUCAUGUAAAAAUGCGUAGUGAUUCGUUUGCAAC